AUGGCGGGGCCAAGCUCACGGUCAGGGGCCCUGGAGUGUGCCGGGAGCUGCUGGCAGGACCCACUGGCCGAGGCGGUGAGCCGGGGCCGCCCGCCCGCAGCGCCGCCCUGCCGGGGCAGCGCCGGGAGCCGGCCGCUCAGCGUGGUCUACGUGCUGACCCGGGAGCCGCAGCCCGGGGCGGAGACCGAAGCGGGAACCGAGGCAGAGCCGCUUCCCCUGCUCUGCCUGCGCGAGGCCUGUGCGCAGCUCCAAGGACCGCGGCCGGCGCCACAGCUGCGCAGCCUGCCCUUCGGGACGCUGGCGCUGGGAGACACAGACGCCCUGGACGCUUUCUAUAACGCGGAUGUGGUGGUGCUGGAGGUGAACAGCUCCCUGGCACAGCCCUCCCUCUUCUACCACCUUGGAGUGCGGGAGAGCUUCAGCAUGACCAACAAUGUGCUGCUCUGCUCUCAGGCUGACCUCCCUGACCUGCAGGCCCUGCGGGAGGAUGUAUUCCAGAAGAAUUCGGACUGCGUUGGCAGUUACACACUGAUCCCUUAUGUGGUGACAGCCACUAAUCGGGUGCUUUGUGGUGACAUUGGUCUCCUGAAGGGCCUAGCUGAUGGGCUGGUGCAGGCUGGGGUGGGCACUGAGGCCCUUCUUACUCCGCUGGUGAGCCGACUAGCCUACCUGCUGGAAACCACACCCACAGACUCUUGUGGCUACUUUAGAGAGACCAUCCGACAGGACAUCCGGCAGGCACGGGAGCGCUUCAGUGGGCAGCAGCUCCGGCAGGAGUUAGCGCGGCUUCAGCGGAGACUGGACAGCGUGGAGCUGCUCAGCCCUGACAUCAUCAUGAACCUGCUGCUGUCCUACCGAGACGUGCAGGACUACUCGGCAAUCAUUGAGCUGGUAGAGACCCUGCAGGCUUUGCCCACCUGUGAUGUGGCGGAGCAGCACAAUGUCUGCUUCCACUACACAUUUGCCCUCAACCGGAGGAACAGGCCUGGAGACCGUGAGAAGGCCCUGGCUGUGCUGCUGCCACUGGUGCGGUGUGAGGGCUCCGUGGCACCUGACCUGUACUGCAUGUGUGGGCGUGUCUACAAAGACAUGUUCUUCAGCUCUGGCUUCCAGGACGCUAGCCACCGGGAGCAGGCCUAUCACUGGUACCGAAAGGCCUUCGAGGUAGAGCCCAGCCUCCACUCAGGCAUCAAUGCAGCUGUGCUCCUCAUUGCCGCCGGGCAGUGCUUUGAGGACUCUGAGGAGCUCUGGCUCAUCGGCAUGAAGCUGGGCCGCCUGCUGGCCCGCAAAGGCUGUGUGGAGAAGAUGCAGUAUUACUGGGACGUAGGCUUCUAUCUGGGUGCCCAGAUCCUUGCUAAUGACCCCUCCCAGGUGGCACUGGCUUCGGAACAGCUAUACAAACUCAAUGCCCCAAUAUGGUAUCUGGUGUCGGUGAUGGAAACCUUCCUGCUCUACCAGCACUUCAGGCCCACUCCAGAGCCUCUUGGAGGGCCCCCACGUCGUGCCCACUUCUGGCUCCAUUUCCUGCUGCAGACCUGCCAGCCAUUCAAGCCUACCUCUCUGAAAGAGGACCAGUGCCUGGUGCUGGUUCUGGAGCUUAACAAGGUGCUGCUACCUGCGAGGCUGGAGGUGUGUGGCGCGGACCCGGUGAACGCUGUAACUCUCAGCUUGCUGGAGCCUGAGACCCAGGAUGGACCCUCGUGCUGGACUUUGCCAGUCACCUCCAUUUGUGGGAUUAGCACCUCCAAGAAGGAUGAGCGCUGCUGCUUCCUCUACACACUGCCCCCAGCUCAGGACGUCCAGCUGUGUUUCCCCAGCGUGGCGCACUGCCAGUGGUUCUGUGACCUGAUCCAGGCCUCGGUGACAAAACCAGAUUCUAUGGCACCUACGGAAGAGACAGAUGGUGUGCGGGAGGUGCUGGAGUUUGACUAUGAGUAUUCAGAGACCGGUGAACGGCUUGUUCUGGGUAAGGGCACCUAUGGGGUGGUGUACGCAGGCCGUGAACGACACACGCGAGUACGCAUUGCCAUCAAGGAGAUCCCUGAGCGGGACAGCAGGUUCUCUCAGCCCCUGCAUGAAGAGAUUGCGCUGCACAAACGCCUGCGACACAAGAACAUAGUGCGCUAUCUGGGCUCAGCCAGCCAAGGUGGCUACCUCAAGAUCUUCAUGGAGGAAGUGCCUGGAGGCAGCCUAUCUUCCUUGCUGCGAUCAGUGUGGGGACCCUUGAAAGACAAUGAGAGCACCAUCAGUUUUUACACCCGCCAGAUCUUGCAGGGACUCAGUUACCUGCACGACAAUCACAUUGUGCACCGGGAUAUCAAAGGGGACAAUGUGCUGAUUAACACCUUCAGUGGGCUGCUCAAGAUUUCUGACUUUGGCACAUCCAAGCGACUGGCAGGCAUCACACCCUGCACUGAGACCUUCACCGGAACCCUACAGUAUAUGGCCCCAGAGAUCAUUGACCAAGGCCCCCGAGGGUAUGGAAAGGCAGCUGACAUCUGGUCAUUGGGCUGCACGGUGAUUGAGAUGGCCACGGGUCGUCCACCCUUCCAUGAGCUAGGAAGUCCUCAGGCUGCCAUGUUUCAGGUGGGCAUGUACAAGGUGCAUCCACCAAUGCCCAGUUCUCUGUCAGCUGAGGCCCAAGCCUUCCUCCUCCGAACUUUUGAGCCAGAUCCCCGCCUCCGAGCCAGUGCCCAGGCUCUGCUGGGGGAUCCUUUCCUACAGCCUGGGAAGAGGAGCCGCAGCCCUGGCUCCCCUCGCCAUGCUUCAAGGCCCUCAGAUGUCCCUUCAGCCAGUCCCACUCCCUCAGCUGACUCGACCACCCAGUCCCAGACAUUCCCGUGCCCUCAGGCACCUUCUCAACACCCUCCCAGCCCCCCAAAGCGCUGCCUCAGUUAUGGGGGAACCAGCCAACUCCGGGUGCCAGACGAGCCCGGGGCUGAGGAACCCGCGUCCCCCGAGGAGAGUUCGAGGCUGAGUCUGCUACACCAAGAGAGCCAGCGCCGGGCCAUGCUGGCUGCAGUGGUCCGGCAGGAGCUGGCUGUGCUGGUGGCCGGUCUGAGCUUGGAGCAGGAACAGAACCUCUUUCUUCCUUCUCAGGGUCCUCGGCUUGACGGAAAUCAGGUGGAGCAGCUCCUGCGCUGCCUUGGAGCUCAUAUCCACACUCCCAACCGCCGACAGUUGGCCCAGGAUCUACGGGCGCUGCAAGGGCAGCUGAAGGCCCAGGGCCUUGAACCUGUGCUUCUUCAGGGACCACUCUUUGCCUUCCCGGAUGCGGUGAAGCAGAUCCUCCGCCAGCGCCAGAUCCGCCCACACUGGAUGUUCGUGCUGGACUCGCUGCUUAGCCGCGCUGUGCGGGCAGCCCUGUCUGUGCUAGGACCGGAGGUGGAGGAGGUUGUCUCCCCGCUGUCAGAAGAAGCAAGUAAAGAAAAGGAGGCUCAAGUCCAUCAACAGGAGACCACUGCUCAGGGAAGCCCACACAUAAAGGAGCCUGAACAGGGACCCCCGCCUCUGAUGGUGCAGCUGGGCCUUUUGCGGGCAGAGACCAAUAGGCUUCGUGCUGUCCUGGCAGAGAAGGAACAGGAGUGCCAGGCCCUGAUGCAGCAGGCUCUCCAGCGGGUGGAAGGAGAAGCCAGGACUCUGGCACCGGCCUCCCAGCACCCAGCUGACCAGGGCCUGGUGCGGUGGCUGCAGGAGCUGAGUGUGGAUCCUGGCACCAUCCAGACGCUGCUGAACCACAACUUCACCCUCCACGCUCUGCUCACCUGUGCCACUCGGGAUGAUCUCAUCUACACCCACAUCAAGGGAGGGAUGGUGUGUCGAAUCUGGAGAUCUAUCUUGGAGCAACGGGCAGAAGCCAUGCCGGAUACCCCUAGCUUCCAGGAGGCUGAGUGA